CGCAGUCAGUUCGCCAUCCUCAGCCACCAUGCGACUGGCGGUGGCCUUGUGCCUGCUAGCCACCGCGCGGGCGGUGCCGUUCAGGUUUCCUGGUCAGCAGCAGCAGCAGCCACAGCAACAGCAGCAGCAACAGCAGCAGCCGGCCACUUCUCCGCUGGCCAACCCGUUCCUGCCCUUCAGCCCCUCUACCUACUUCGACCUCAGCCAGUUCAAUGCGCCGAACCCAGCGGCCGGGCCGGGCACCUCCACGGUGCUCUACUGGCCCUGGUCGAGCAAUCCCACGCCGCCGUCGCUGACGGCUCCGCAGCUGCCGCAGGCCGCCCAGGAGGCGGCGGACCUCACCUUCGCGCAGCUCGACGCCCUCAACAACCCCGGCAGUGUGGCCGCCGCUGCCACCAAAAUCGGCGCCUUCGCACCAAAGCCACUGAAGAAGAAGAAGCCGACGUUCCCCACGCUGAAGGGUUCGAAGGCUGAAGCCGCAGCCUCGGGGGCGCUCGAUGGCACCGACGUUCUCGCCGCAGAAGCCGAGGCCGCUGCAGGUGGGGCUGAAGACAUCUGGACCUGGGCCGCCAAUAAUGGAUUCUCGGAUUCUGCGCUGGCUCAGUUCUUCGCAGCCGAAGCUCCCGGUCUGACAGAGUUCGCCAUUCAAGAACCAACCACUACUACUGCAACGACAACGACGACUACUACGACGGCUGCUCCUAAGCCUGAAGCGCAAGGACAGGACUUUACUGGGCCCUUCGACCCGAGCUUCUUCGCCGGCCUUGGCGCUGCGGUGCCUGGCCUGCAGGCUGGGUUUUCGGGUAUCGAGGAGCCGCUUGCCUACACUGCCGACCCCAGCGUGUAUGCUCAGUUCGAGGCUGAUUAUCUCGCGCAGCUGCAGCGAGCGACCGCCGAGGGCUCUCAGCACCGCACCAGGGCCAUCGGAGCCGGAGCUGGUAACCUCGUCAGUGCAACCACCCCCAGUCCCCCGACCACCAGUGAGGCGCCAGCCGCCCCCGCCGCUGCCUCAUCGCCAUCCGAGCUCAGCCUGCCCCCUUUCAGUUUGUUCGAAGUCGAUAACCCGACGGCUGAGGACAUCCAGCGCGCUCAGGAGGCCCUGGCCGCGUACGCAGAGUCGCUGGGGAUCACUGCCGGCGGACCAGAGUCGGCGGCACCCGAGGCCGCGGCACCGGAGACGUCAGGCGAGUCCACCGGCAUCGUCCUGGACUUGUCUACCGCUUCGGAGUCCACAAGGGGCGAAAUCGAGCGCGUGCUAGCGAUGCAGGCUGCCCUCGCCUCAAUGGGUUCCCCUGCAGCUGUUGAGGAGCCCGCCGUGGUAGCAGUAGAAAAGCCCGUUGCUGUGAUCGUUGAAGAGCCUGCUGUUGUAGCUGUUGAAGAGCCUGCUUCUGCAGAUCCCGAGGUAUCUGAGGCUGCCCAUGCUGCCCAAGCUGCUUUCGAGGCAUUCCUAGGGUCGUCUGGAUCAGAUUUGUCUCUAGCAGACUUAGAGGGCGUAAAAGGACUGGAAGCCGUACAAGCCGCCUAUGCCGCAUUUCUAAGCCAAGGUAACCAAGAACAGACGCAGAACGCUGCACUUGUCACUGGUAGUGACAGUCCCAGUCCAGUCAAUAGCCAAGCAGCACCUGCCCCGACGGAAUCUUCGCUUGGUUCCGCGAUCAGUCUCAAUACCAACCCACUUCUUCCAACUCCCGAGCCCUCUCAGCACACAAGCCUACCAGAUCAGUUCCCAGCCACGAAGGCACAACAGCCGACCAUUCCUGAGCCAGUCAUUUCCCGGCCGAGUCACGCUGAGCUGGCGAAAGCACAGGCAGAGGCUGAGCUUAACCAAGCAUAUGCUGCUUUCGAGGCAGCGCGCAAAGUUCCUGGUCCAGCGGGCGAAAGAAUACAAGCUCUGGCCUUGGCCGAUCUUACAAAAGCACAAGAGGCCUAUGAAGCUGCCGCAAAGCUGGCUAGUGAAGAAGUUUCUCCACCAGCACCAGAGCCCACUACAGCUCCUUCACCAAGUCCAAGCGAGCAGCCACCUACACCGGCUGUCGCACCGGCUCCUCUUCCAACUGUUCCCGGGGACCAACAGGCUGUACCGAAACCCGAAUCGCAGAAAGAAGGCGGUGGCUUGUCGGCUGAAGCCGAAUUCGCACAAAUACAGGCUGUUGCCAAGCUGGCUCAGGCCCAUGCUGCUUAUAAGGAAUCAUUGAAGGCCUCAGGAGCUGCAGGAAAACAAAUUCAAGAACUGGCUCUUGAAGAAUUGACAAAAGCGCAAGAAGCAUAUGAAGCAGCUUUGGCUGCCCCAACAGCUCCGGCACCAACAGAUGCCCCUGAAGAGAGUCCGCUUCUAAGCGAGGCACAGCUCGCCAGGGCUCAAGCUGCCUUCGCGGCAUCUUUCUCGGCAACAGGAGCUCCCAAGAACAAAGAACAAGCGAAGGCUGCAGCUGACUUAAUUCAGGCUCAAACAGCUUAUGAGGCUGCCAUGACAGCAACUGGUUUUGAAGGACAGCGAGUUAUGGCUUUGACUAAGGCUGAACUGCUCCGGGCUAAGGCUGCCUUUGAGGCCAUCUUGGAAACAUCCGGAGAACCCGUAGAGAAAGCUCCUGAGUCAAUUGAUGCCCCGGAAGGCCUUUCCACACCUCAAUCACAGGCUCCCGUUCCAGCUUCUUUGGGAUCCACAGCCACCUUGUCUCAAACGGGACCUCAAGCGACAGAGGAGCUGGACUUACCCGCUGCUUCCAUCGAAGGCGCACUCCCUGGUGUGCCCAGUGGGGCGGUAACGAAGGAUGCCGAACCAUCCGCUCUGUCCGAAGUCAGCAGCGACUCACAGCCCACAGAGGAUGAGGCUGCCUACGUAGCCUCUCUGGCCGUUUCAGCAGCAAAGGAUCAACGUCAGGCCAGUGCCGUGGCUGAACUGGCAAAGGCCCAUGCAGCUUAUCAAGACGCACUGAAGAUAACUGGCCCGUCCGGUGAGCGAGUCAGAUCUCUUGCCCUGGCUGAGUUAACUCGUGCACAAGCGGCAUAUGAAGCUGCACUGAAGGCUGCUGACGAAGCACGUCAAAGUCAAAGAAUUCAGGCAGAAGGGACGCCAGUGGAAGCGCAGUCUACCCCUGGAACGUCCUCGGUGGAGUUGCAGACUGCUGCUGGAGCAACCUUGGAUGUUCCACAAAGUCAAACACUUCCUCAAUCUGUCAUUGGACAAGGAGGAUCUGAUGUUUCUUCGAAAACCGUUCAGCAGGCGAUGACCCAUAUUGCUGACGGCCAGAUUAGCAUUGAGCAGACGCAGGCUUUGGCUGAAUUAGCUCAAGCACAUGCAGCCUACCAAGCAUCUCUGAAGGUGCCGGGUCCUGGAGGUGCACGAGUACAGGAACUGACCCUUGCCGAAUUGAAUAAGGCAAGAGCUGCGUUUGAGGCCACCCUUUCAGGCACAGAACCCAUUCAAAUCCAGCUCCCAGCGUUCAAGGCGCCUGUCGAGCAGCCCAUAGAGGACGUGGUGCAAGAGCAGCCUGCAGCCGAUGUUAUUUCAGAACAGCAUGCAGCAGUGUCGCAGCCAGUGGCACCGGCUACCCAGGACACGCUGUCUCUCUCCACCGUUGGCGGUGCUGAAGAUGUAUCACAGCCAAACGCACUCACAGGUCAGGAAGUUUCCGGCAGCCAGAUAGACGACGCCGAGCUGGCUCAUGCGAAGGCUGUUGCUGAGCUAGCUCAAGCGCAUGCCGCGUAUGAAGAUUCUCUUAAAGUGGCGGGUCCUGCUGGAAAGCGAGCUCAGGACCUCGCUGCUGCGGAGCUCAUCCGAGCAAAGAACGUAUAUGAGGCCACCAUGAAAGCCACCAUGAAAAAGGCCAUGGAGCCGCCAACUACAACGCAGCCACCGACCCUGGAACAGUCGGUAUCGUCUGACGUACCACCUCUUCAGCAGCAUCAAGAACAGCUAUCCCAGAAACCAGGCUUCUCUCUUCUUGAGCUUCUCAGUGCUGCUGGCCUUUCCGACAAGGCGGCAGAGCUUCAGGGUGAAGAUGUUCUUGCGAUAGGGGAGCCAACCUCUCAGGCUGGAUUAUCUGAGGCUGAUCAAGCAUACCUUAAUCUGCCGGCAGAUCUCCAGGACGUUCCGUUUGCACUGGGGUCUGUCUUUAAUGAGCGUAAGGUUCAGCUACCGAGCACUUUUAACCCCUUCAAGAACACUGAGCAGACUUUUGGCUUUGAACAACAACUUGACUCGCGCACUGACAAACAGUCCCAACAACAAUUCCUGCCAUCUCAACCUCGUCAGCAAGACAUUCAAGGUCCUCAUGAUGCUCUUACACAUACUCCUUUCCAGCGCCCAGAGCAACCUUUCCUUCCGCCUCAGGAGCCCAGUCAGUCUACUCAAGGAACAGCUGAUUUCUAUCAGCAAACCCAACAGCAUCAAGGUCAACUGAUUCAACCACUUCAUCAAACUCUUCAGCCACCACACCGCGAUCUGCCCAAUAGCUUCCAACAACCUCAACAAGCUGUUACCCAUAUCAGCCAACCCAAUAUGGCAGCCCAGCUUGCUGGACUUUCAUCGCAAGACAUGGCCUUCAUGAAGGCUGCGAAAGACUUCGGCAUCAGCGACAUUUUCAAACAACUGCCUGACAACAUUCGCAACCUUCCCGAAGUAGUUGCCGCUAAAAGAGCUCAUGAACUCUUAUUGAGAAGUGUGUUUGAUCUGGUUGAGGCAGCAAAAGAGAGACAGGGGGACACGACUUCAGCAGUCGAACAGUCGACGCCCGCGCCUGACCCUCUAACUUCUGUGUUCGCCACUGGCCAAACUCCUGCUAGUCUAUCUCACAGUAUUUCAGGACAUGCUCAUGGCCAACUAACUGCCGCGGAAAUACUGAAACCGUCUCUGGCAACUCGUCGGCUGGGUGCUGCGGGAGUAUCAUUGGAGCAGACGGAAGCCUCCAGUGAUGGACGGGUUGUCCCCAGCCAAGAGCUAGUCCAAGCACCUCCCCACUUUGCUGCAAGACCGAAACCUAUCGCAGGUGAUCGUCCACUUGAAGAGAGGCCGAAGCCCAUCGCUGGAUAUUUGCCUGCUGAUGUGGGACAGAGUGCCCUAUCUGAACAUUUUCCUCUGAUCACUGAGUUCACUACUGCUGCACCAACGAUUCCUCCCGUAAUUGUCGAAGCGGCCGUCGAAACACCAAAUGCUGGAAAGCAGGAUCAAAAGCCAAUAGCCGAGGAAAUCAGUAUUGGAACACAAGAAACUACUAAGACCGACACAACCACGCCUGAAAAUGUAAGUGCUGAUGCCAGCCAAACUGAAAGUUCCAAGGACCAUGUCCAAGAAGGGAUACUACCUCUGUUCGAGGUCAGCAAAGCUGAAUCAAAGAGCACGACGCCAGUGCAGCGACGUCCUGAAGUUCAGGCUUUCCGCGAAAUGCACUCACAUCUCUGGAGGCAGCUUUUCAAUCUGAAAAACGACGCACGAGUGUUCUACCCCGGAUACGGCUUCCAAGUUAUCGCACGACCUCCUCCAAGUGCUUACGACUAUGAACCCGUUGUGAUUGAAGUGCAAGAACCAGCUGAAGCUACCCAGUCUGAUGCAUCUAAGGCAGGUGAAAAUCAAUCGAAAACUACUAAAGAAGGCAAAGCAAGCAAAAGCAGCGCUUCCACCGAAGAGUCCAUCCAAAGCGAAAGUAGCACGUCAGAUCCCAGUGGUCCGAGCGCAUCUUCAAACAGGCCUGAGCCCAGACGCCGCAAAAACAAGGUAGAGACCACCACCGAAGCAGAGCCGACUACCGAGCCCCAGCCUGAGCCAGAGCCGACGACUGAGCCAGAGCCGGAAACCACGACCGGAAAGUCAAAGAAGAGGAAGAAUAAGUCCAGGUCUGAGCCGGCGACAACUGAGGCAGCACCUGAGCAGUCGACAGAGCCCGAACCCGAGCCGACGACCGAACCUACCACGGAGCCCAGCACGGAAUGGUCCUCGAGAAAACGAAAGAAGAAUAGGAGGACCAACACACCUGAGCCAGAGCCUGAACCGGAGCCAGAGCCAGAGCCAGAGCCUGAGCCUAAGCAAGAGACAACGACCGAGGCGGCGCCCAAAAGAAAAUCAAAAAGCAGCAGAAGAGGUGAGCCAGAGCCCACCACCGAAUCAUCGCAAAAGGACGGGCAGAACUUUCAGUCCGAGCUCCAGCAUGAGACUGGAGCUAAAACAACCGAGCCUGAACCCUUUGUUGUUGAAGCCGAGCCCGUCUCAGAAUCUUCGUCUAAGAACUCCAAGUCCAGGAAGUCCUCCUCAGCAGAUACGACGACGGAAGACGUCCCCGCAGAGGUCGUCUACUACUCCACAGAGGCCAGCGUCCGGAAGACCGUUAAAACGACGCCGGCGCCCGUCGCGACGCCGUCGCCCGUCGCGACGUCGGCGCCCGUCCCGCCGCCAGCAGCCGCGGCGCCGGCGCAGUACCCCCACUACACGCGAACGCCCUCUCACGGCUCCCUGUGGAGGGCGCUGUCCGGCCUGAGGAGUCACUCCUACUACCACGGUUGAUGGUGCCGCGCCGCGAGGGGAGGCACCGCCCCGUGACUCUGUUGUGAGUCGUCUGGUAGUCGGCGCCCUGUGCGCAGCCGCGUCAGACGGCAAUGUCUUGUAAAUUUGUACCCACACCCCGCCGACACGGGUCCGCUCCAGCUCGGCCCACGAGUGCCGCAUCCCUGACAACAUCGUGUAUCCGCCUAUUUUGCAUCACUGAGGAUGUGUGUCUCUUCUGUUGAAGCUAUAUUUAAAAUAGUAUGCGGGAUGCCAUACGGCUGAUGGUCGUCAUUUGUAUGCAUGUAAUUGUGCUCAUGAAUAUGUUUUCACGAAUAUAUUUUAAAUCUAA